UUGAGAACAACUUCGUUUCAGUACGAAAAGGAAUGCGAAACCGUGGACUGCGAAGCCGAAUGGUUCGAAGGAGAAUGGGAACCAUGUUCCCAAACUUGCGGCGACAAGGGCGUGCAGUAUCGCGUAGUGUAUUGCCAUCAGGUCUUUGCCAAUGGUCGACGUAUCACUGUCGAAGACGGCAACUGUACUGAAGAGCGGCCUGCUGUGCAGCAAGAGUGCAACAGAUUCGCCUGCCCUGAAUGGCAAGCAGGACCAUGGUCAGCUUGCUCUGAGAAAUGCGGUGAUGCAUUCCAAUACCGCUCGGUCACGUGUCGAUCAGAAAAGGAAGGCGAAGAGGGCAAACUACUCCCGGCUGACUGCUCGAAAUGCAAUGAUACCGAAGAGACCCGUGAGGUGACUUGCAAAGACACUCAAGGACGAGCUUAUCCUCUGGAGAAAUGUUUGACAGAUGAUGAGAAAGAGAUUCCUCCAGAUACCAGGUACGCACACAAAUUCCUCAUUUUUUCGGCGCUAGCAUUUUGGUCUACCCGUCGGCAGUGGGUCAGGGCAGCAUCGGAGUCGCAGCACCACGACAAGUAUGAGAACACCAUUUCAUAUACGUCUGCGACCUCUCAAAGAAAUAGUGUCAACCUAGUGAUACCCCAAGGAUCACUUGUUCCCAUGGAUGAUGAGUAA